AUUCCUCCUGCGCAACUGGUAUGUUUUCAUCCUGUAGACAAGAUUUUCUAGCUGAUUUCUUCUUUGUCUUAACUAUCAGAAAGUUAGAACCAGACUUGCGGUUCUACCUUCAGCUUUAGGUGCUUUUCAAUUAUUAUCUUCUAUAAUUCCUUUACUCAGCACAACUGUUCUCUGUGAGUGAUCUAAAAUGCUUUUCUGAAUUAAGACAAGAAAUAAUUACCUUAACCUAGGCUGGUACCAUUUAGAACUAAAAAUGCUAGAUUUGAAAUGCUUCAGUUUAUUCUUUUUAUGAUAACUUUACACACAGGCCAAAUUCUUUCACUCUAAACUAGUGCUAUCUAGUAGAAAUAGAGCAUGAGCCACAUGUAAUUUUAAGUCUUUAGUAGCUACAUUAAAAAGGUAAAACGAAAUAGGUGAAAUUAAGACAAUUUAAGUCUUUGGAAGCCUACUGUAUAUCUUCUACUUACAUCACAUCCCAAUUUAAAUCAGCUAUACUGCAAGUACUCAAUGGCCACAUGUGGCUAGUGGUUUCUGUACUGGACACUGCAGGUCUAAACACAAAUACUAUGAAUCAUGAGAGUUAGAAGAGCCUUAAGAACCACAACUGUAUCUGAUCUGUAUUCAUACUGGCUUUGAUUAAAGAUUUCUGAGCUCCUGGGGGUUUCUUUUUUCUUUCUUUCUUUCUUUCUUUCUUUUUUUUUUUCUCACUCCUGAAGGUUUCUGAUGCAAACACUAAAUCUAAGAAAAGUGAGUUCUCCUGACAGGGGUAAUGACCAUGAAACCCUAAGAUUUCUGGAAUUUUUCUUUUAAUUUCUCUGUUUGUAGUUUUUUCUUCACUGGAUCACCUUCGGCUUCUUCUGAGAAAUAAAGUAAUAUAAAAUACUCAUGUACAUCUACUAAGAAAGAAAGGAAACAAAGAGAUGCAUUAUCUAGAUUACAAAUUAUUUAGAAAUUAGAGUGUUAGAGUAUUAACAUAGGGCACAAAAUUGAACUAAUAAAAUUACUUUAAAGCACACUUAUUUAGAUAUUUUGAUGCUCCUUGUUUUGGAGCCAGCUCUAAACUUUACACCUCAAUUUGGGAUAGGAAGAGUGUUUUCCAUUUGAAUCAGGGCUGGAAGACCACAAAUGUGGUUAGAUUUCUGAGAGUUAAGAAUUUGAUUUUUUUUUCAGGCAUUAACCUACAAAAGCCUUCAUUUCCACACCUGGUGCAUAGAGUAAUGCUUACCUUAUAAAAUAGCUAUGAAGAUUAAUAAUGUUAUAUAUAAGCUUUGUAACAGGCAAACAGUAAGUACUAAAUAAAUGGCACUUAUCAUCAUUGUUAACUACAAAAGACUGUCAAAUCCAGGUAUUCCUAACCUGGGGUCUGCAGAUCCUUGGCUCAUGGAUAAAACUGCAGGGGUGGAGAUCCCUACAAUUGGAUGGGGAAAGAUUAUAUCUGCAUUUUCAUUAACCUCUAAGCAAAAUUUACCAUUUCUUUCCAUUAUGAAUAAAGGCAACAUCAUACUGUUAGAAGGACCUGUCACUUCGCACCAAUAGAAGUCACACAUACUUUCAUAUUAAAUUUCUGAUGUUACAGACAUCACAAAAUAUCUCUUACAUUUAUCAGCUUUUUGAAAUUAUAGUAUUAGACCUAAUCUUGCUAGAUCUUAUUAGUGUAUUAAUAAAGAAAUACAUGUUAUUAAUGUAUUUUUUAAAUUUCAAUAUAAUUGGUUUCCUUUGUAAUCCUAUGUACUUUGUGAACUUAAAACUUCUCAUUAUUCUGAGAAGGGAUUCAGCAGCUUCACAGGAUUGCCAUGGCACACACAAAAAAGUUAAGAAUCCCUAAAUUUUAGUCUAUCUCUUUGCUUCCAGAAAGCCAACCAAGUUUGACAAUUGAACACACCUGCCUGAGUGAGCCAAUUCCCAAAGUCUCGGGUUUAUUUUUCUGUGCGUGACCUGAUAGGAAGAUAUUACGGUCUGGUACAUGACUCCAUCAAUUAACCUAUUUGCUGAGCUCACCUUCAGCUUAUACCUGGCAUCUUUCCUGAAUUCUGUGUUGGGCCUUCUGAGGCACACAAAAUGAGCUGACAAGCUGAUUUUCUGGUAUCUUCUGUUCACACACACCUGUCCCCCACUCGAUGCCAGGCCCAGAAUGAAGCUGGGCAGUGAUUCUCAAGCCUGAUCCCAGACCAGCAGGCAGGAUCAGCGUCACCAAGGAGCUUAUGAGAAUUGCAGAUUUUCAGGUCACACCCUAGACUUCCUGAAACAGAAACUUUGGGGUCUAUCAGUGUUUUCUCAAGCCAUCCAGAGACACACGCUUGAGUCUGAGAUCCACCGUGCUAGGGAAUCGGAGGUCCGUCCAAUCCCGGAAAGAGAGGCUCCCAUCUCCAGCACUGGUUGAGACUAACACCGCUCCUGCAACUGGGGUUGGAAUUUCAAUGCAGGUAGUUGCUGAGGGGGGGCCAAUGAGUUGAAAGCCGGAGCAAGGGGACUUGUUUUGUUCCUGCACCCCGAUUUUACUUACAUUACCCGGGGCCUCGAGGGUGACUCAUAGAGAUUAGCCCUGAGCGUCGACCCCUCGGCGCCGCCACUGCACAGCGAGAGAAGGGGAGUCAAGAGAGACGCUUGAGGCCCUUGACGGUCCUCCCCUACGAGCUCUCUGGGAAGAGAGCCCCAGACUUGCGAACUCUCGGCCGCUCUGCGGCCGCUUGAACACUUCGCGGGUCUUCCGCCCCGCGCUAGAGGGCGCACUCCGUGACGGGAAUUGCGGUCUCGGCCGCCCCCGGCCUCAGGCUUUCCGGGCUCUGCUGCCUCCAGAAAACUACAAGUCCCAGGAUGCUCGGCGCGGGAGGGUCACGUGGGAGGGGCCGCGGGCGCGGCUAAAUAGUCUCCAUCGGCCAUUUUGUGCGAGAAGCCGCAGCGCCGCCUCUUCUCUCGCGCCCUCGCAUCUGUCGCCGCCGCCUCUUCCUCCGCCUCCUCCUUCGCCCCUUCCUGCCUCCUCCCGGCUUCCGCCGCCGCCACUCCAGCCUAAUCCCAACCCCAGGGUGAAGCGUUUUCUUAUUUAUUUCCGUUUUCUCGCCACUACAGCCUCCUGACAAGGUGAUCCGGGCGGGCCCCGCAGGAAUUUUAUCCCCUCACCGGCCUCACACUAGUAUCGCAUGUCCACUAUCCAGAACCUCCAAUCUUUCGACCCCUUUGCUGAUGCAACUAAGGGUGACGACUUACUCCCGGCAGGGACUGAGGAUUACAUUCAUAUAAGAAUCCAGCAACGGAACGGCAGAAAGACACUGACUACUGUUCAGGGCAUUGCAGAUGAUUAUGACAAAAAGAAACUUGUGAAAGCUUUCAAAAAGAAAUUUGCCUGUAAUGGUACUGUGAUUGAACAUCCUGAAUACGGAGAGGUUAUUCAGCUUCAAGGUGACCAAAGAAAAAACAUCUGCCAGUUUCUCUUGGAGGUUGGCAUUGUCAAGGAGGAACAGCUUAAGGUUCAUGGAUUCUAAAAUGAACCUAAAUACGUGGAGAAUUUCUUGAAUAGUUUUGUUCUCUAAACCCGGUUUGGCUGCCUUGUGAAAUGAUUCCCUGCAGUAAACGGACUUUUCAUUUAUUUAAUCAUUCAAACUUCCAUUCACAUCUGCAUGAUUACAGAAAACAUCGGGUAUGUAGACUAGUAACACAUAAGAAAAUUGCAGUAAGAUGGUAACAAAACCUCAUAUUGUCUUUACAUGUUUCCAAUGGAAAAUGUUUUGAGGGUUUAUUGUUCAGUUUAUUACGUUUCACUUGAUUAAACUUUUUUGUUGUUGUAUUAAACCAUGUACGUUGCAGCUUAACAAUAAAAAAAAAAUCUAUGAAUCUUUGCGAGCAAUUAUGCUCCCAAAUCUAAGCAAGUAAAA